AUGAACAAACUAUUUGUUUUGUCAACUCUUCUAUUGGUCACAGUGGCAAUUGCCAAUGCCGACUACAGUGUCGGAAAUUCUCCAGUUUCCAUCUCACAGACUCUUAUGUCCUCAUGGUCCGAUGACACCGGUAGCUACACAGUCUGGCAAGCAAUCAUCACCAACAAAUCAGAUUUCACCAUCUUUGAUGCCUCAAUCAUUGCUGACCGUGGAACCCUCGAAUUGAGACAACCAACCGAUCUCUGGGCACUUCGUAGAAAGUAUGACAACGUCUACGGAUUCCCAACUUACAACACUGAUUACGGAGUUGCAUCUGGAGGUUCUUUCAAAUUUGGUUAUAUUAAUCGUAGUACUCAUCCAGCAAGAUGGACUAUUGCAGAUGUCAGAUUCAAAUCUGAAUCACAAUCAUAA